AUGGCGGCGCUGUUAGAGCCACCGCCACCAUUUCCGCUUCUUCCUCCCAAUUCAAACUCAACCCGUCCCAUUCCGUACAAUCUCAAACUUGGAAGGCCAGCGAACUCUUCGAACAAGCCCGCGCUUCUUCGAAGCCUCCACUCCCCAACCACCACCACCACCACUCCUUGUUGCGCUGCCACUCCCGAACAACCCGUAUCCGAAUCACCCGACCCGGUUCCGGGGACUGCUUUGGUGCGGACCCGGGACCGCCGCAGAGCUGUCCGGUUAGCCUGGGAGAAGCUGGUCCGGUGGUCCAGGUCCUGGCGCUCCAAAGCCAAGACCGAUGUCCUUGAACGCACUAACAAGGUAGUGGUGCUUGGAGGUGGGUCUUUUGCUACGGCAAUGGCUGCCCAUGUUGCAAAUAGAAAAGCCCAAAUGGAAGUUAACAUGCUGGUGCGUGAUGUUCAAGUUUGUCAGUCCAUUAACAGCAACCAUUGUAAUCGUAAGUACUUCCCAGAACACAAGCUACCAGACAAUGUAAUUGCCACAACUGAUGCCAAAACUGCUUUGCUUGGUGCUGACUAUUGUCUUCAUGCAGUCCCUGUGCAGUUCAGCUCAUCCUUUCUUGAAGGAAUUGCAGAACAUGUUUAUCCAGGCUUGCCCUUCAUAUCAGUUAGCAAGGGCUUAGAGCUCAAUACGUUGAGGACCAUGUCUCAACUCAUCCCCCAAGCAUUGAACAAUCCUCGGCAACCUUUCAUUGCACUAUCAGGGCCCUCUUUUGCUCUGGAGCUGAUGAAUAAAUUACCAACAGCAAUGGUUGUAGCGUCAAAAGACAAAAAAUUGGCAAAUGCAGCUCAGCAGCUACUAGCUUGUAACUAUCUAAGAAUCAGCACCUCAAGCGAUGUCAUAGGGGUAGAAGUUGCAGGUGCUCUCAAGAAUGUGCUCGCUAUAGCUGCAGGGAUUGUGGAUGGGAUGAAUCUUGGUAAUAAUUGUAAGACAGCUCUUGUUGCACAAGGAUGCUCAGAGAUAAGGUGGCUGGCUACUAAGAUGGGUGCGAAGCCGACAACAAUUACUGGUCUAUCAGGAAUUGGAGACAUUAUGCUUACAUGUUUUGUGAACCUUUCCAGAAACAGAACAGUUGGGGUUCGUCUUGGAUCAGGGGAGCAACUUGAUGAUAUACUAAGUUCCAUGAAUCAGGUGGCAGAGGGUGUAUCAACAGCUGGAGCAGUGAUUGCACUAGCGCAGAAAUAUAAUGUAAAGAUGCCAGUUUUGACUGCAGUAGCUCGAAUUAUCGACAACGAACUGACCCCGAAGAAAGCUGUUCUUGAACUGAUGAGCCUCCCUCAGGUUGAAGAAGUCUGA